GGGGAGGAGUGGUGGUGUAGUGGUAACACCCGCCAACCUACUCUCUCGCUGGCGUUUGCCGAUUGAGAGGAUGUUGGUUCGACUCACCUGUUGGGAGGUCGCGGUUCUCCAAAGUCUCAAGAGGCACGUGUUUAUGCGUCGGGCCAACAAGCCGAGGAGCCGGUCUCAUGAUCACUUGAUCACCAACUUCUCCACUACCGAUUACAUUGAGUAUAGAAAAGGUUCAUAUCAUAUGACUAAAAUCAUGUGGAACUUGAGUAUAGAAACAUGUAUGAUAAUAUGCCUUGGGCCUCGCCCCUUCCCCUUGGCGCCCUAACGGGCAGCCUCUAUGGGAAGUAAAAUAUCGAGAAUUAC